AUGCCUUUUUUUCAACCAACUGUAUUCCAGUCUAGCCAGCUCGAGAACGGCCACCGAUUCCAUUUCAAGGACCCCCACAACAGCCAGCCGGGUUGGAUCUGGGGUAAUGUGGCUCUCCCCGACACCAUGAGCAUGGAUACCAGCGACUUGGAGAUUAUAGUGCAUAUAUGUGACACCAUCGCAGAGAACUUGGUUGGUUGGAGCGAUACUGCUCAGCACGGCUUGGGGAAGUAUUGCGUCUCGUUCCCUAUCCAGAUGGAAACGCCCCUGCAAGAUAAGAAGAGGCUGAUGUUUCAGGUCGAGUACGCUGCACUGUGGUGGGUGAAUCUCGUUCGUGCGGGGACUGUUUCUAUUGACAAGCACUUCCUUUUCCGGGCCCGUCAGGCGCCCGUAUAUCCUGAGGAUCGGUUGUUGGAUGUGCCUUUGCUUUGGCGUAAGCCUGAGUACACGGUUCUAAAUCCGUGGUCUUCCGUUACUGUACUACGGUAG